AUGACAAACAAUGCAGCAGCGGGGAACGGAGCUGGGGAACUGAUAGGGGAGGCGUGGAAGAGGCGUUGGUUUGUUCUGAGGAGUGGUCGACUGACCGGAGACCCUGACGUUCUAGAAUACUACAAACAUGACCACGCACGCAAACCCAUACGCAUCAUCAACAUGAGCCUCUGUGAACAGGUGGAUGCAGGCCUAACCUUUAAUAAGAAGGAUGUGGACAGUAGCUAUGUGUUUGACGUGCGGACAGUGGAGAGGGUAUUCUACCUGGUGGCUGACAGUGAGGAGGACAUGAACACAUGGGUCAGGUGUAUCUGUGACCUGUGUGGAUUCAACCCUACUGAACGUGAUAGACCCACCGUCACCGCCCACACCCCGACAGUCACCACAGGCCACGCCCCCGUCUUCAUGGCGACCACCGUCAUGGCCCCUCCGCCCUACCAGCCGGUCAGUGUGAAGCAGCUGGAUUCAGUCAACAGUGAGGAGGACGGAACAGAGUACCUGUGGCUGUCACACUGCCAGAGCAAGACACCACACAGGCCUCCAGUUAGUUCCUACCACUCCACCUCCUCUGACACAACAGACUACAAUGACAACACUCUCCCGUCCCACUGGCCUCCUCCCUCUUCUUCCUCCUCCUCUUCCUCACCCUCCUCCCUCGCUAAAGACCUCCCCCCUCACGCCCACACCGCCAUUGGCCCCUGGGCCGUCGCCACGGAGACCAACCCUUUUAGCCAAUCGCAGGACAGCGUGUUAACCCCUGAACUCCGUAGGGGCUGGACUAGGGGCCACCCGUCCCCCCACCCCAGAAAACACUCCCUCCAGCUGCAGGCUGUGUCUCUCCCUCCCAUCUGUAAGGACACGGUCUUCAACACAGGGAUAAACAGUAUAAACACUAAAUCAGACAGUAUGAAUUCUAAUAGCAACACAACUUACCAGGUACCCUCCUCUACUCCUACCGCAAGCUCCCCCACACCAGGUCAGGGUGACUCCUCCACCCCUCCACCACGCCCCCCCAAGCCCCUGGUCUCUGCCCCAGCCGAGGUGUCUUCUCUGGCCACUCUGUCGACCUCACUCUACCGGUCUGCUUCGGAACCAGAGAGCAGCUAUGGAGGAGGAGGAGGAGGUAGAGGAGGAGAAGGACAGGGAGGAAGGGGAGAAAGAGGCAACAAUCCCAGAGCACCUCGUUGUAACACUAUAGCUACCUCAGGCUACACACACACAGGCACAGGUUCCCAGGAGAGCUAUGCUGUACCAAGGUCCCUCGCUGACCAGACCAGACUCAGCAUGUCUGACCAGACCAGACCCAACAUGUCUGACCAGACCAGACCCAACAUGUCUGACCAGACCAGAGCCAGCAUGUCUGACCAGACCAGAGCCAGCAUGUCUGACCAGACCAGAGCCAGCAUGUUUGAAUUUAGCGACAGCUUCAACAGCUACUUUAUGAAUAAAGGCAUGGUACCAUUAGGUGGAAUGUGUCCGGGAAAGCAAGAUGUCGAUGAGAACUAUGUUCCCAUGAACGCCACCGACACCUCCCUCGUCUCCCUACCUCCCCCCUCUUUCCCCGACCCCACCUCCCUCGUCUCCCUACCUCCCCCCUCUUUCCCCGACCCCACCUCCCUCAUCUCCCUACCUCCCCCCUCUUUCCCCGACCCCACCUCCCUCGUCUCCCUACCUCCCCCCUCCUUCCCCGACCCCACCUCCCAGGAUUCUAACUAUGUCACUAUGACCCCAUGCCUUGGAGAAUUGCCUUCUCUGGGGAGACAGGUACCCCCGCCUGCACACCUGGGGUUCCGCUCCUCCCCCCACAAGCCCCACACACGCCCAUCUCGCAGACACACCACCGGGGGAGGAGGGGGAGAAGGGGGAGGAGCGAGAGCCACUCAACCACCACCCAUUCACCGCAACCUCAAACCCCGGAAAGGUUUCAGCCCCAUCUCCCUGCACCCAAAACCCCUGGGCUUGGAGAGAACUGACUCACAGACUGUCGGAGAGUUCACACGGGCAAGGAGACGUAAGGGUAAACCCACCCCUCUGGACAUAACACCUCUGCAGGAGUGGGAGGAGCUACCGGCACCUGUACGAUCACCUGUCACCAGAACCUUCACCCGAGAUCCGUCCAGCUGCUACACGUGUCCGUCCUAUAGACCCUCCACCUGCCAAAGCUCCGCCUCCAGCUCAGACUCGGACGACCCAGACGCCAACUACGUUGCCAUGACAACCUCCAACAUCGCCCUCGCCGUGUCGACCCUGCGUGGGGACAGCCCCAUGGUCUUACGGAGGCCUAGAGGGGACAAACAGGUUGAGUACCUGGACCUGGACCUACACACGGGUAGAGUGGCCACACCCCCACGACAGAAAAAGAGUGUGUUGGGUGGCUCGAUGGGUUCGAGCGAAGGUGAGCGUGCACGUGAGCGUGAAGGUGAGCGUGCACGUGAGCGUGUGGACUAUGUGGUCGUUGAUCCUGAGAGAACCAGAGCUCUGAAAAGUACCAGGGAGGCGUGGCACGACGGGAGACAGUCUACUGAGAAGGACAAAUAACACACGCACACACACUGAACAGAUACACACACUGAACAGACACACACACACACAC